AUGGACUCAGACAUCCCAGAAGCCUUCCAGAAAGAACUCACCUGCCUCGUCUGCAUGAACUACUUUAUAGAUCCAGUCACCAUAGGCUGUGGGCACAGCUUUUGCAGUCCUUGUCUCUUUCUUUCUUGGGAAGAAGCCCAAACUCCUGCUCGUUGCCCAAUGUGCAGGGAACCAUCACAGCAGAAAGACUUCAGAACCGAUAUUCGUGUGAAGAAGAUGGCUUCCCUUGCCAGACAGUUUCUGAGCUCUGAGGAACACAUGUGUGGGACCCACAAGGAGACAAAGAAGAUCUUCUGUGAAGAGGACAAGAACCUGCUGUGUGUGCUGUGCUCUCACUCUCAGGGGCACGAGGCUCACAGACACUGUUCCAUUGAAGAGGCUGCUGAGGAACACCGGGAGAAGCUAUUAAAGCAAAUGAGAUCUUUAUGGGAAAAAUUCCAAGCCAAUAAGAGAAAUCUAAAUAAGGAGAGGAGACUAACCAACCUGUGGAUGGAUUACGUGUAUCUGCGCAGACAGAUGACCAGGGCUGAGUAUAGGAAGCUACAUCCGGUUCUCUAUGGGGAAGAAAAAGAAUAUUUAGAGAACCUGAAAAAGGAAGGCUGGCACAUUUUACAACAGCUCAAGAAAAGUGAAGCCCAAAUGGUUGAAAAGUGGAGACACCUAAAAGAAAUGUAUGAGGAACUGAUGAAAAUGUGCCAUAAACCAGACAAGGAGCUGCUCCAGGAUUUAGGAGACCUUCUAACAAGGAGUGAGUCUGUGCAGCAGCACAUGCCCCAGCCUGUGAAUCCAGAGCUCAGUUUAAGACCCAUCACCGGACUGAUAAACAGGUUUGACCACUUCCGAGGUGAGUGGCAGCCACUGGUGUGA